AUGCAGCUCUCGCUGGAUACUUGCCUCUUGGUGUUUCUCGUCCGAUGCCAUAUCGCUUUGGGCUUACAACUUCCUCAUGUCGCGCAUCCGACUCAGCGGCCCGUCGUGGUAGAGGGUUCUGAAGUGCAGCCAUCCUUGGAUCUGCCGCAAAAGACGCAGCCACUGAUCCAACCAUCACCAAUACCGACUCAUGGGGCCGACUUGCGAAACGGCUCCAUGGAUUACAAUGAGAUUCUCGAGCACCGGGCCCUCACGACGGAUGCAGUGACGUGCGGAUAUGCCGGAGGCGAUCCAACCAAGCCAAGGACAGCAAACUCGGGAUACAACUGUCGGAUCGAUGCAGUUCGAGAUCUGUGGGGCUCAUUAUCUGGCGAGCCUUACUGUUCGACUGUUCUCCUCGACUCUGGACCUGACCUCACGUUCUCUUACAUUGCGUGCGGCCCAACGGCCAAAACGGACAUUCUACUUGCUAAUCCUACUUCUCCCACGACCACCACGAGCAGCAGUUCAAAAACCUCAACUACAGCUUCAAGCUCACCUUCGAUCUCAACUUCCACUCCAGGGAGCACAUCCUCAGCAUUCAGCUCAUCCCUUUCAGCGUCCCUGUCCUCGUUUUCGGCCGCAGCAUCAGCGGAAGCGCAGGCUUCGAGCUCGGACGGAUCUUCUGGAAGCAAUACGGGCGCCAUCAUCGGUGGUGCUUUAGGUGGGCUGGCGCUUGUGUGCAUCACGGUGGUCGCUGUGGUAUUCGUGCUAAGGAGAAACCUGAGGAAACGCCGCGAAAACGGCGAUUUGGGGGCAACAUCCAACGUGGAGCCAACUUAUGGCGACUACGCGGGCCAGCAGAUGGAUAGUAACAAGACGUCGUGGGCGCCGCCAUACUAUGUGCCAGAUCACCAGACGUACCCGAUGGAGAUGCAUGCUGAUGCAACCACACAACGGCCGAGAGAGCCAGCUGAACUGGAGGUCCAUGUCCUCACAUCCGAGUUUGAUGGUCGCAGAUCCGAGUUAGACGGCUUCACGGCUGGGAGGCAUUGA